GCUACUCAGAGAUGUACCUUGUUACUUCGGUUACCUGGCUGCUGCCAGUCCUCGUACUGGGCGGCGUGAUCAAAGAGGACCCUACUGCCCUCCCAGAAAAUGAGUUUGGGUUGGGAAAAAUCGAUUUAACCGAAAACUCAUCGACAAAUCUGUCGACGACGCUUCCAGGGUCCUCUGUCAUCGAGGAUCUUCAACGAAGGAUUCUGAACGAUUUCGCCGACUUUGAAGAGUCGACUUCGAAAGUACCGGAAAGACCGUCAAAUGACACGCAGAGAACUGAAGAAGCGACUCGCAAGGUGCGAAAACGAGAUCUAGAGCCGGAAACGACUUCAUUUGCUGAUGAAUCCUCCUCAUCAUCGACGAGUCCUCCUCUGGAGGAAGUUGAAGCAAAAAGUAAGGAAGAAGUUUCUACGACGGAAGUGAAAAAUGAUAUUUCGAGUACUUCAGCAACUGUGCCUGAAACUUCGGAUGACACAACUACUUCGAAAGAGGAAGCCAAGUCAUCAACAAAGGGCGACAAUUUAUCGUCGGAUACUUUGGAGGCUCUUCUAAAAAAUUCCACCGUCGUGAAUGGAAUCAAAAACAGGAUUGUGAGUGAUCUAAUUAAUCUCGCUGCUCUUGCCAAUCAGACUGCAGUUAAUGACGGUGCGAUAACCUCUUCUGUUGAUGAAAAUGCUGAGAGGACGAAUAAUGAAGAAGGGUCCACCAAGAUCGAUGACAUCGAUGCCUCGACAUUGCCUGACUCUCGGAAUACAUCCAGCGACUUAUCUGAUAAAAAUUCGACCAAUCAGGAAAAUGAUCCCGAUGGUAUCCAACUGGAGAGUCGUAUAAGUUUCGCCACUCUUCCUGAUCCUGCUGGAAAUCCAUCCGAAAGUUCAUCGAGUGUAGUCAAUGACUCCACCACUGUCGUUAUCACGGAUUCUGGUACUACAUCGAGUACACCUGAUAUCACGAGUGUAAUUCAAAACGACGAGAAAAGGAAAGCAGCGGAUCCGGAAGUACAGGUCGAGACUCAGACAUCUUCACCAACAUCUGAUAAAAAUUCUAAUGAAGAAAUUCCCGAGUCGAAAAAAAUUGAUUCACCGGAAAAUGAAGAUGAAUCGCCAAUGCCUGAAACGAGUGAUAGAUUAGUCGCAAAUCCAGGGGAUCCCAUUUCUAAUUUAACAGAAGAAAGUUUAAGUAAGGAAGAAAUUAAGCCGGAUGUUAGUCAGAUUAAUCUAGAAGUGCAAGACUUUAAGACAGAGCCAGAAGAAAUAGUCAGCGAUGCUGUUGAUGUUCAAGCGUUAAACCAGGAAGAAUUGAGUAAACUUAAUGAAAAUGAUGAUGAUACUCAUAAGAAGGUUCCAGAGACAUCCAUUCGGGUUCCCAAAAGAGGUGUCAAGUCAAAUCAAGUCCAAACCAGGAUGGGAUUCGAUUUUAACCCUGAACCAUUAGUCUUGAACACGGAAAAGCCCCGAGAAGAACCCCAUGAAGAUCCUCCAGAAAGACAAUGGGCGCCUCUUGAAGAAGAGAAUAAAGACCUAAUCAACGAGUCGCCGUCAGAUACGUCAAUUAUCGCGAAUUAUGGCCAAGUCAUUAAAGACAUCCCGGAUGGCCGAUACUUUAUUAACGAAAGACCUGAAAUCAUGGAUUACGAGAUGCCGCCAUUUUGGUACCAACCAAUAAGAAAUUGGGAAACGCCAUGGACCCCAUAUCCGAGAAAAGUGGAAGACAAGGAACCCGUAAUAAUUGUAAUUAAUCAAUGCCCAAUUGACGAACUGCGUGAAGUUCCAUCCAAAAGACUUCGAAAAAAGUCCAGGAGAACUUCAUCCCGUAAACCGAGUAAGUCAAAUCGCAGGUCGUCAGCCAGUAAAUUGUCAAAAAAGAAAAUUCUGUGUAAUGUAAUUCCAGAUCCUGGAGAGGAACAGGAUUAUCAGACUCUUUGGGAUUACCCUUUGAGAGAGAUUAUUAAUUCGCGAAUAAUAUCUGCCAUUCUCAAGGGAUUAAAUGUUGCCGAUAAAUGGGUACUUCCUGUAAACGGUGACAAUAAAUGCAAGAACUUCUCGCGUGGAGUUCCUACAUGGCCUGAAAUCAGUUUGGAACCGGCAGAGGAUGUUGAAGAACCGGAAACGAAAUUCACGGAGGCAUUGACAGAUGAAUGGGAAUCUGCAGAGCGUGCAGUCAAACAAGUCAAGACAUCGGAAGUGUCGCAGGAUGUUAUCAAGGAAACGGAGGACCAAGUUUUGAAAGGACCGUCGGGUGUCGCAAACUUGAACUCCACUCCGGUUCCAGAUUCGGGAACAAGAAGAAAGGACGCGAAAUAUCCUGCUUCGAAUGGAGAAAGAAGAGGCCGAACUUCUGCAAAUAAGGUGAAAAAAUCGCACUCUAAAUCCGUAAAGAAAUCUGAACCACCCAUAUCGGAUAAAUCAAUUGAUGAUAACUUAAAGCAUCCCGAAUUAAGGACCGGUGGGAGGAAGAAGGAGGGAAAUUUUUCAAGACCAUCAAGAGAUGAGACUCCAGAUAAAGUUUCGACAACGAGCGAGGACGCGCCGAUUUUACGGAGAAAAUCCGUCCUCUUGCCAAAUUUGCAUAUUAAAAGAGUGAGCAAUGGCAAGAAAAAUGAAUUCUCCAUUGCAGCGGAUUCCGACGGGUCGAUCAAGAUGACGAAUAAUCAGUCAGCACAGAAAUGGGCCAAAGUAUCGAUAAACGGUCCGUCUGGAAAUUUGAAAAUUAAGGGUAAACCUGGAAAAUCUAAGCGGGUUAAAGGGAAAGUCAAAAAUGAUCCAAAAUUGAACCAGAAACUGUCUAUAAAGGUGCGAGUACCAAAACCAUUGCCGAGGCAUGAAGAUAAUGUCCCCGAGAGAAAUAAAAAUCUGAACAAGAUAUUCAUUAAAACCAAAUCCAAAACUCGAGUCAAGGGCGUGAAAGUCUCAGGGCCGAAGAGAAGAAAUAAGUAUAAUGAUCAAGAAAAUAUAAAUCAGAAUAUUAAUUAUGUGGUCAAUGUUCGUAGCAACAACGAUCCGUCCGCCUCAGAGGAUUCGAAGAAUUCAACUAAGCCAAAUUCGAUAAAAUCAAUAACGUACAAUAUCCCGCCACAAUCUUUAACAAAACCACCUCCAGGAAAAAAUGUCCGAUCGAAAAUGUAUUUGGAAGGGUUCGACUAGAGUCGAGUCGAAGGAAGGAGUAAUCGAGGGUCAAGAUUUCGAAUUAAUUCCGCGGGGUCGAUCGAGAAGGCGAAGAGCCUCGAAUUUCGCCACUUUCAAACGUCAACAAACAUCCAACUUAAAGAAAACUAGGCUGUUAACUCUAAAGCAAACUUUUGAUACCACUCAGACAGUUUCGAAAGUUUCCUUAGAACAAGGCUGGAACAACCUAGGACGUCUGAACCAUCCCUUCAAGUUCUGUCACAUGACGAGCAGCACCAACAACGGUCUGAGCAUUGUUAAAUAUCUCCUCCCGAAAUACUAAACCGCUCAAUUUUCUUUAUAAGAAAUAUUAAGAAUCUUAGAGUCAGACACGUGGCCUCGGAAUCAUUGCCACUGGCGAUAAAAAUAUUGUAAUGUUAAGAAUAAAUCGUAUACAAUUCUGUCCUGGCUUUAGUGAUGAUGUUAUCUUUGGGUCACGUUGAGAAGGUGUUAAAAAUGAAAGAAGGUGGAAGGAAUAAAAUAAAAAUUCAAUCGUU